GCCGGGUCCUGGGUUGCCGAGGGCCUGGCUCCAAGCCCAUCGAUCCCCAGAGUCACCGUGCUUUUCUUUCCCAGUACCCCAGAGCUCUCGCGGGUUCACGGAAAGUGAAGGCUGAUUUCAUGAACCACUUUCUAGGACAGAAAGGCGAGUGCUGAAAACAGCCCUCAGCUGGAUCAAGUGACACCAUUUCUUAAAUCUGAACAAUGACCACUGAAUCCAGGGAUCCCACAGGUCUCUCUCCCCAGGCCACCCAGGAAAUGGAAGGCCUCAUGAUAGUGAAAGUAGAAGAGGAAGAGGACGAUGAGGAAGACCAUUUCCAAAGGAAAGGCAGUAACCCUGAGCUAAUCCCACAAUGUUUUGGCCGGUCCACAACUAUGAAUGAGAGAGCCUUACUGUCAUCCUAUUUAGUUGCUUACCGUGUGGCAAAAGAAAAAAUGGCUCAUACCGCAGCAGAAAAAGUUAUCCUUCCGGCAUGUAUGGAUAUGGUCCGUACAAUUUUUGAUGAUAAGUCAGCUGAUAAAUUAAGAACGAUCCCGCUUAGUGAUAAUACAAUAUCACGUCGCAUCUGUACUAUUGCAAAACACUUAGAGUCCAUGCUCAUCACACGGCUGCAGUCCGGGCUCGAUUUUGCCAUCCAGCUGGAUGAGAACACCGACAUUGCCAGUUACCCGGUGCUCUUGGUUUAUGUCAGAUACGUGUGGCAAGAUGAUUUCAUAGAGGAUCUCUUGUGUUGUCUAAACUUAAACUCCCACCGAAGUGGACUUGACUUAUUUGCUGAAUUAGAAAAGUGCAUUGUUGGGCAAUAUAAGCUAAACUGGAAAAACUGUAAAGGAAUCACAAGUGACGGAGCAGCAAAUAUGACCGGAAAACACAGCAGAGUUAUUGAAAAGUUGUUAGAAGCUACCCGUAACUGUGCUCUUUGGAAUCACUGUUUUAUUCAUCGAGAAGCUCUGGUGUCCAAAGAAAUCCCACCCAGCCUAAUGGAGGUAUUGAGAAAUGCAGUGAAGAUUGUUAAUUUUAUUAAAGGAAGCCCAUUAAACAGCCGACUUCUUGAAAUAUUUUGUUCAGAGAUCGGAGUCAACCAUACCCAUUUACUAUUUCACACAGAAGUCCGCUGGUUGUCACAAGGCAAGAUACUGAGCAGGGUCUAUGAGCUCCGGAAUGAGAUUUACAUUUUCCUCAUGGAAAAACAAUCUCAUUUGGCCACUGUAUUCGAAGAUGACAUUUGGAUAACAAAAUUGGCCUAUUUAUGUGAUGUUUUUGGCAUUCUUGAGGAAUUAAGUUUGAAACUACAGGGGAGAAACAGUAAUAUAUUUCAGUAUCUUGAACAUAUUCUGGGGUUCCAGAAGACAUUACUGUUGUGGCAAGCCAGACUGCAGGGUCCUCACCCAAGCUACUACAUGUUCCCCACAUUGUUGCAACAUGUCGAGGAGAAUGUUAUUCAUGAGGCUUGUUUACAGGAAAUAAAGUCAGAGGUACUGCGGCACCUGGCUUCCCUGUCUCAAACCUUUGGUCACUAUUUCCCAGAGGAGAAAUUUGCACCAUUAAAAGAAAAUAUUUGGAUGAAAGAUCCAUUUGCUUUUCAAGCCCCAGAAUCCAUCAUUGAGUUAAACUUGGUGCCUGGAGAAGAAAAUGAAUUAUUGCAGCUUAGUUCAUCAUUCACACUGAAGAAUUAUUAUAAGACAUUAAGCCUGUCGGCAUUUUGGAUUAAGAUCCAGGAUGAUUACCCAUUGCUAAGUAGAAAGAGCGUGUUGCUCUUACUGCCAUUCACAACUACCUCUUUGUGUGAGCUCGGAUUUUCCAUCUUGACUCGGUUAAAGACAAAGAAAAGAAACAGACUCAAUAGUGCCCCUGACAUGCGUGUAGCCUUGUCCUCAUGUGUUCCCGACUGGAAUGAACUUAUGAACAAGCAAGCACACCCAUCACACUAGAGACCUCUGUAGGGCCAGGAGGGGAGACAGCUCAGAGGCUGGAGCAUAGCGUAGCAGGCAGAGGCCCCGAGUCCUAACCCAGCACCACUGGGCCCAAGCAACAGCAUGUCAGCAGGCCUGCCUAAGCACUGAACUGGCUCGCUUUCGGGUCAGAGUGUCUCUGGGUGCGGUCCCCAGAACACCCCCCAAAAAAUGACGAUCUUACUGAAUUGUGAUUUUGUAUUUAAGGCAUUUUUUGGUAAGUAUUACUAUAUUUAAUGAAGUCGAUUCCUUUUAUACAUAAAUGUAUAUCAGAAUAGUGAUGCAGAAUCUCCUCCAAUGAGUCACUGGCACUUUGGGGAAAAACACUCUUACCAAUUCUUCACUCGCAUCUGUACCCUGGCUGCCUACCUACCUGCCUCUCAGAGUGACGCCCUCAUGUUUAGUUUCUCACCAUCCAGGGGCCUAGAGGUUUUUCCCUGUCUAAUUCCAGGAUGUAACUCUAGAUGUGAACCAUAGCUCGACCCCAUCUGCCCUGGCAAUGUGUUUAUUUCAGCUCAGAUUCAUGCCACAGUUAAUGGAAGUGUAGGGCAAUCCUGAUACUAAUGUUUCACUGGCUCUCAAAAAAAGCACACUCAGGCCAGAGUGACAGCACAGAUCCCAAGGUUGAGCUUGUCUUCAUGUGUUCCUUACUGGAACGAACUUAUGAACAGGCAAGUGCAACCAUCACACUAGAGACCAUCUUUGCACGUGGCCGACCCAAGUUUGAUUCCUAGUAUUCCAUAUUAAUCCCCGAGCACUGCAGGAUUGAUUCCUGAGCAGAGCCAGGAGUAACCCCUCAGCAUCACUGGGUACGGCACCAAAACAAGACAGACUAAAGUGUCUGGAGCAAUAGUGCAAUAGGUAGGGUGCUUGUCUUGCACGCCACUGACAAUCCCUGAUAAUCCAUGUGAUCCCAAGCUAGCCAGGAAUGACCCCUGAGUGCAAAGCCAGGAGUAAACCCUGAGCAACACUGGGUGUGGCCCAAAACCCCAGCCUGAUAAUCCAUGUGAUCCCAAGCUAGCCAGGAAUGACCCGAGUGCAAAGCCAGGAGUAAACCCUGAGCAAGACUGGGUGUGGCCCCAAACCCCAGCCUCCCAUCUCCAAAAGAUAGCCAAAACACCCAAGGAAUAAGACAAUGGGGCGAGAGUUAUAGUAUAGUGAGCAGGGCACUUGCCUUGCACAUGGCUGACCCGGUUCAACCCCCAGCCAGCAUCCCAUGUGGUCCACUGAGCAUUACCAGGAGGCAGGAGUGAUCCCUUAGUUCAGGGCCAGGAGAAGUAACUCUGAGCACAGCUGGGUAUGACCCAAAACCAAAAAAUAAAACCAUAACAACUCCAGAAGGCAGGUCCAUUUAUCUGGGGGGCACACCUUGAUCUCAAAUGUCAUGGGAGCAGCCAGUGGAGGGCAGGAAGGCCGGUACCUACUGUAACCCAGGUGGUCAGCAGGACCAGGUCUCACUACCCUGGGGCUCUUUCCCUCAUACAAGCUCACCUGAGCCCAGCCUCAUUAUCUUCCCCCGGCUCUUUCCCACAAGACACGGUUAACAAGGCUGCUCCUGGGCCAGAGCAGUAGCACAGAGGGUAGGGCAUUUGCCUUGCACGCAGCAGACCCGGGUUCAAUUCCCGGCAUCCCCGAUGGUCCCCCCAAGCAUUGCCAGGUGUGAGCACAGAGCCAGGAGUAACUCCUGAGCAUUGCUGGACUUAACCCUAAAAGGAAAAAAAACCAAACAAGUCUGCUCCCUGUCCUGGCUUUCAAACCCACUGCAUCGCAAGGGAAACAUUCUACAUCUUGCACCCUACAGGGAGAAGUGGCUCCACAGCCACCUGGGCACCUUGUGGCUUGGCCCGAUUUCUUCUGUGGGUGAAUGGCAGACACAGCCCCGUCUGCCUGUCUAUUCUGCUCCCCUGCACUUUCCUUCAAGCUGUGAGAUGAAGCGCGUUUCCCCAGGACUUUGUCACUUCCCACUCUGCUAGCUGACCGUGCUGCCGGGAGAAUCUCACCACACUGCGGU